AUGGUUUUAUUACAUAUUAUCAAAAAUAUUAAUAAUUUAAAUUUGUACAAUUUUAGUGGAAAUUUAAUAUUCACAAAUAAUCUUAAAAAUGCAAAUAUUUUAAAGAAAUAUUUAGAAAGAUAUGAUUAUACUACUUUAAAAUUUACUAAUUUUCACUUCAAUGAUUAUAGAAAUUAUAGUAAUGUUUUCAGUCGUAUUAAUUAUGGAAACAAAGUUAAUAAUAACAUAUAUAAAAAAAAAAAUAUAAAUAUAAAAGAAACUUUUAAAAAUAUUUAUAAUGAUAAAUAUUAUAAUAAAUUAUCACAAGAUGAUAUAUUAGAAAAUAAUAGGAAUGAUAAAGAUAUUUAUAACGAUGAUGAAAUAAAUAAUAAAAAUCAUUUUAAUAAUGAAUAUAAGAAAGAUGAAAAUUAUGAGAAUGAAUCUGGAGGCAUUAAUUAUAUAGAUGAUAACAUAUAUAGCAUAAAUAACAAAAUAUUAAAUAGGCAUGAAAAAAUAGAUAUAAAUUUAUUAAGUAUUGAUGAUGAAAUCGUUAAUAAUUUAAAAUUUAUUUUAAAAAUAGAUAAACUAUAUAUGUAUCAAUAUAUAAUUUAUAAUGAAAUUUUAAAAAAUUCAAAACAUCUAUUAGUUUUUAAUAAAACGGGAACUGGUAAAACGUUAAGUUACUUACUACCAUUAAUACAAAACUUAAUAAAUGAAAAAUUUGAUUGUAAUAAAAAGAUUUUAAUAUUAACACAAAAUAUUUAUUUAUGCAAGCAAUUAUAUAUUUAUAUUUUAUCAAUAUAUCCUAAUUUAAAUGUAUGCAUUUUAUUUGAUGAAAAUGAUGCUCAUAGUAAAAUUAAAAAAGGUAAGUAUGACAUACUUGAUAAAGAAUUUUCAAUGAAUAAAAAUGAUGAGGAUUUAUAUAAAGAGAAUUACGGAAUACAUUUUUAUUUAUCUACUCCUAAUAAACUGGAAUUUUAUAUAAAAAAUUACAAAAACAAAAAAAAAAAUGAAAAAAAUGUUAUGAAUAAUAUUUUAAAUUGUAUAAAUACAAUUGUUAUUGAUGAGUUUGAUUACAUAAUUGAAAAUAGGACAUUUAUCUUUAAUUUUUUAUUUAAACAAAAUUUAGUGAGUGAUUUAGAUACUAAAAUAAAAAACAAAAAUAAUUAUGAUUAUGGAAAUUUUAAUUAUAUGGAAUACAAUAUUUAUUUAUUUACAGCAAACAUAAAUGAUUUAAUAAAAAAAAAAGUCAGCGAAUACUUGAAUGGUUUUAUAUUUUUUGAUUUCGUUAGUGGUAUUAAAGAAAAAAUUCAAAAUAAAAUAGAUGAGGAAAAAUCAAAAGCUUUUAAAAAUUCAGAUAAUUUAAUUCAAAUACUAAGUAAAGAAAAUAAAAAUUUUAGCCUCUGCAAUUUAAAUAUUUCUCAUUUUAUAUGUAAAAUAAAUACUCCUUCUAAAUACAAAUAUGUGUCAUAUUUUUUAAAUGAGUUUUUUUUUUUGAAGAAUAAAAAUUUAUUAAAUACAAAGGUUCAAAAUGCUUCAAAAGAAGACUGUGAAUUAAAUAUUAACAAAGAACAAAACUUUAAUAGUAGUGAUUUAAUUAUUGAUCACAUGAGUAAUAAUAAUUGUAAACAUUUUGAUAAUGAAAAUAAAAUCAAUAAGUGUAUAAUUUUUGCAAAUUCAAAAGAUGAAGUGGAAAAGCUAUAUGAAAAUUCCUUUCUUAAGCCUCAUUCAGUAAUGUUGCAUUCAGAAUUAUUAACGGUACAGAAAGAUGAAAAUAUAAAUUUAUUUAAACUGGGAAAAAAGAACAUCCUCAUCACUACAGAUAUAGUAAGUAGAGGACUGGAUAUUGAAAAUGUUACUUUUAUUCUAAAUUAUUCACCUCCUACAUCUCCUAAUGAUUAUAUUCACAGAUCAGGAAGAACAGGAAGAGCUAAAGAAAGAGGAACUUGCUUAACUAUUUAUCAUAAAUAUGAAUAUAAAAAUUUAGAGAAAAUUAUAAAGUAUACAAAAAAUAAAUUUCAGGUUAUAUUAUGUCCACAUGUAGAUGAAGUAUAUAAAUUUUCAGUAGACAAAUUAACAGAAACAAUAAUGAAAGUGUCACCGGAAAAAUAUGAAUUUUUUAAUGAAAAAUCAAAAGAAUUAUUUAAAAAACAUAAUACAAAAAUUAUUGCUCAAAUUCUAACUAUUUUAUUAAAAUUAGAUAAAAAAAAUAGCGAAUUUUCUAUAUUAUCAGGAAAGAAAAAUUACGUUGCUGUUUUCGUGAAGGAUCCAUUUUUUGAAGUUAUAAAAAAUAAGGAUGAUAUUAUGAAUUUAAUAAAAGUUACAACGGGAGAUAAAAAUAUAUCAAAUAUUAUUGGUGACAUAGCGAAAUGUGAUGAAGGCUAUAUUGUAGAUAUCUCAAGUUCACAUGUGAAUAAAAUCAUAAAUUUAUUUAAUAGUUCUAAUUAUGAGUAUAAGAGAAAAGGAGUAGAAAUAAACACUAUAAUAGAAUUACCUCCAAUUGUCAAGGAAAAAAAGAAUAUAUUAAGAAAAAAAAGAAAAAUACCUUGGAUAAAAUAUAAAUUACAAAAAAAAAAAAUUAUAGUUUUGGGUAGAAAAACAGAAAAAUAUAAAAGAAAGCAAAAUUAUGAAAUAAUAAAAGACAUAAAUAAACACAUUUAA